AUGAGGAACAUCUUCAAGAGGAACCAGGAGCCCAUGGUGGCUCCCGCCACCACCACGGCCACAAUGCCAGUCGCACCCGCACCGGGACCUGCAGACAACUCCACGGAGAGCGGGGGUGCGGGGGAGAGCAAGGAGGACGUGUUCGCCCAGCUGAAGGAGAAGCUCUUCAAUGAGAUCAACAGGAUCCCCUUGCCUCCCUGGGCGCUCAUCGCCAUCGCCGUGGUCGCCGGCCUCCUGCUGCUCACCUGCUGCUUCUGCAUCUGCAAGAAAUGCUGCUGCAAGAAGAAGAAGAACAAGAAGGAGAAGGGCAAAGGCAUGAAGAACGCCAUGAACAUGAAAGACAUGAAAGGGGGUCAGGAUGACGAUGAUGCAGAGACAGGCCUGACGGAGGGAGAAGGGGAAGGAGAAGAAGAGAAGGAGCCAGAGAACCUGGGCAAACUGCAGUUCUCCCUGGACUAUGACUUCCAGGCCAACCAGCUCACCGUGGGCGUCCUGCAGGCCGCGGAGCUCCCCGCCCUGGACAUGGGGGGCACCUCGGACCCUUAUGUCAAAGUCUUCCUCCUCCCAGACAAGAAGAAGAAGUACGAGACCAAAGUCCACCGCAAGACGCUGAACCCCGCCUUCAACGAGACCUUCACCUUCAAGGUGCCAUAUCAGGAACUGGGGGGCAAAACCCUGGUGAUGGCCAUCUAUGACUUUGACCGCUUCUCCAAGCAUGACAUUAUUGGCGAAGUGAAGGUGCCCAUGAACACCGUGGACCUCGGCCAGCCCAUUGAGGAGUGGCGAGACCUGCAAGGCGGGGAGAAGGAGGAGCCAGAGAAGCUGGGAGACAUCUGCACCUCCCUGCGCUACGUGCCCACGGCUGGCAAGCUCACUGUCUGCAUCCUGGAGGCCAAGAACCUGAAGAAGAUGGACGUGGGUGGCCUUUCAGACCCCUACGUGAAGAUCCACCUGAUGCAGAAUGGCAAGAGGCUCAAGAAGAAGAAGACGACGGUGAAGAAGAAGACCUUGAACCCCUACUUCAACGAGUCCUUCAGCUUUGAGAUCCCCUUUGAGCAGAUUCAGAAAGUCCAGGUCGUGGUCACCGUGCUGGACUAUGACAAGCUGGGCAAGAACGAAGCCAUUGGCAAGAUCUUUGUGGGAAGCAACGCCACGGGCACAGAGCUUCGGCACUGGUCUGACAUGCUGGCCAACCCCCGGAGACCCAUUGCCCAGUGGCACUCGCUUAAGCCCGAGGAGGAAGUGGACGCGCUGCUGGGCAAGAACAAGUAGGCAGCAGCCUGGGAGCUCACUCUUCACGGACACUGACAAGAUCCAGAGCUAUCAAUACCUCAGUUACGCAACCUUAGAGGUGUUUGUUUUUUCUUUCUUUCUUUCUUCAUUUGUUUGUGGUGUAUCUGUUUUUCCUUCCUUUUUCUCUUUUUAAAGACCAACUUCCCUUUGAUGGCUGCUGAGGAGAGUCCCCUGAGAGGUGAAAAGAGAAGCCUGGCUCUGUUCAUCCUCCCUAGAGCUGCCCUUGCUGAGUGCUCUGUCAGCUUCCUCUCCCUCUUUUCAAAGCAUCACUUAGGCCUCGCCUACAGCGAGGCCCUCUACUGGCAGAAAGUGGUAGCACUUCCUGUUUUCUUGCAAGUUCUGGACCAACAAAAUGGUAGCACUUCCUUUUCCCAGACAGCAAAGGCAGCACAGUGGCCAGUGGCAUAUUACGUGUGUGCGCAUGUUUCUGCAUUUCUAGAAUGAGCCAUGGACAGUGAAGCUGUGUGGGAAAGAUUUCAGGCACUAACUGGAGAUCUGUCCAUUAGGCUCAAAAUCCUAGGCAAAUGUCAGAAGUUCUCGUGGUCCUUGUGAGUGGCUGUUUGGGAGGCAGCAAGAUGGAGGACUGCCUGUAUCCAGAACUAGGACCAAAUCUCUGAUAUCAUCAUAGACUUCCUCCAAUCAGUCUUGGUUUCCCCAGCAGUGGGGUUUCUGGGACAUUUAUGGAAAUAAAGUACUCACUAGCAUUGCCAGACUUUAACAGGGAUGACGAGUCCCAGGAUCUUACCCUUGUUGACAACAAAUAUCCAACUAUGACGAAACAGAAGUUCCCAAAAUUAAACUCCAGGUUCUUCACCUCAUCCAGCGGGAAACACAGCAGCGCGCUCCCUCUCCAGAAUUCACGCAAUGCAGUCCAUUUGCAUUUAUUCUUCAUCAAGCUCUUGCUUCUGUUUCUCUGUUCAUUUAAG